CGAAAAAUAACUUAAUUUUGCCUCCACCGAAGUACUGACUAAAGGCCAACACAAAAGAAACUGACCAUUUCAUAUGGACGGCUACAACCAUCUAUCUAAUUCGAGGCUGCUAGCCUUCUCCAAGAUGAGAUAGCUAACGUCAUUUCGUCUCGACCACGUCCAGAGCCGAACGAUCCCAGCCGCCCGUUGCCUCGCACAACAGACGCAGUCCCUCCGUCAUCACUCCAAGCAACAAAACAAAAGGCUAUCGUCCCUCCCUACGCGGCUUAUAAGCGAUGCUGGUGACUAGGAAACACAAAACACCGCCACUGAUUCAGACGCAAGCUGAAGGCUCCGUCCAGAGAUGGCCGCAGAAGAGGAGGGAGACCAGGUGAGGCAGUGCAGCCGUGCAAGUGAGCAAGUGGUGGCCAGGAGGAAGAAGCAGCCGCUUGGGUGGAAGUCCAUGCCCUUCAUCCUAGCAAACGAGACAUUUGAAAAGGCUGCCUCAUUUGGAGUGGCAGCAAACUUGACAACGUACCUCGUAAAACGCUUCAACAUUGGGCAACUGAAGGCAGCAAACAUAACCAACAUCUUCUUCGCCACGCUUAACUUCGCGCCAUUGCUAGGCGCCUUCAUCUCCGAUUCAUACUUGGGAAGGUUCAAAACCUUAGCCUACGGGUGCUUCGCAAGCCUCCUGGGGAUGCUGGGAAUGACUUUGUCUGCGUCACUUCCAGCUCUCAAACCGCCAAUCUGCAACCAAACAUCCCAAUUAGGUGGACAUUGCACUAGUCCAUCAACGCUCCAGAUGAGUGUGCUAUACCUUUCCCUAGGGCUCCUAACUAUCGGUGGUGGAGCGAUCCGGCCCUGCAGCUUGCCGUUUGGAGUAGACCAAUUUGAUAAGACCGAUGAAGAAAGUCGAAAGAGCCUAAACAGCUAUUAUAACUGGUACUAUGGCACAAGUACUGUUGCCCUGGUGUUUUCUACGACUAUUCUCAUCUACAUCCAGAACAUCAGCUGGGCAAUAGGAUUUGGCAUACCCACAUUCUUCAUGUUUCUGGCAAUUAUCAUCUUCUAUGCCGGUACCAGACUCUAUGUCCAUGUACCACCAGAGGGCAGCAUCUUCUCUGGAAUUUUGCAAGUUUUAGUGGCAUCAUUUAAAAAGAGAAGACUCAAGCUUCCAUGUCCACAUGAUAUAAAUCAACAAGAGUUGAUGCUCUACAACUCUCCCACAAGGGGCAACCUUAUUUUCAGACUGCCACUUACUUCGCAAUUCAGGUUUCUGAACAAAGGUGCAAUUAUGAGGGGCGGUGAUAUAAAUGAUGAUGGUUCUGCAAGAAUCCCAUGGAAACUUUGCAGUAUCCAGCAAAUAGAGGAAGUCAAAUGUUUGAUAAGAAUUGUGCCUAUUUUUUUUUCUGGCAUCAUAUGCUUCCUUGCAAUGGCUCAGCAAUUCACUUUUAUAAUAUUGCAAACGUUUACUAUGGACUGUCACCUUGGGCCACACUUCGAAAUUCCAUCAGGCUCUGUUAUAUCCAUAUCACUCAUCGCCCUAAUUGUGUUCAUCCCCAUUUAUGACCGAAUUAUAGUACCUAUUGCUAGACAAUACACAGGGCUGGAAGGUGGAAUUACACUUCUACAGAGACAGGGUGUAGGAUUAGUGGUUUCUACCAUUUCUAUGGUGGUAGCAGGACUUGUUGAAUGUAAAAGAAGGAACUCAGCUUUAUCUAAUGGAGGGAUAUCACCUCUGACAGUCUUGUGGCUUGCACCUCAACUGGUUUUAAUGGGUAUUGCUGAGGCCUUCAAUGCGGUUGGACAAAUAGAAUUCUACAAUACGCAGUUUCCAGAGCAUAUGCAAGCCCUAGCCGGAGCCCUAUUAUUCUCUACUUUAGCUGGAGCAAACUACUUGAGUAUUGGGCUGGUAAACAUCACAAGAAAGGUUACCACCAGACAUGGUCACACAAGCUGGUUAACAGACAAUAUUAACAGUGGGAAACUUGACUACUACUACUAUUUUAUUGCCAUCCUGGGAGUACUGAACCUUUUCUACUUCCUUAUAUGCUCCCACUACUAUCAGUAUAAGGCCAUGUCGCUCCAUGCUGAAGAGUCCAUCCAAAUUCAUGCCAAGGAAGAGGCAGCUGCAGAGAUCAACAUUGAGACAGAUGCACCUAGCAAAUAAAUAUUUCAAGGGUAAUUUCGAUGAUGUGUGUGAUAGUUUAUAUAAAUUAUUGAAGUCUUUUGUAUUUGAGUAGAAGCUAAGGAUGUGUGUAGUAUGUGUUACAUGUAAACACAGGCCAUACAGUAAUUUCUUUACAGACUUUCCUGCAUAUAACAGUUAGAUUACCUGAAGAUUGUGAUAGUAGUUAGGACCAAGGUUCACACAACUAAUCGUAACUAGCCAGUUACAGGAAGUAGUUGGGCAAACCA